AUGAAUCGCUCUGAGGAAUUAAUUCAAAAAUGUCUUACUGAUGAAUCUAUUGAAUUUUAUAAAUAUUCUAACUUUAGAGACAUUGUACUCAUUGGAACUGGAGGAUAUGGUGAUGUUUACCGUGCUGUUUUAGGGAAUGAUAAAGCUACUGUUGCACUAAAAUUGUUUAAAAAGAAAAACAUUGUGAAAGAAGUUGUUAAUGAGCUUAAACUACAUCGCAAAGUAAAUGUACAUUCUAAUAUUAUUCGUCUACUUGGUGUUACCAAAAAAGAAGAUGGAACUUUAAGAUCUUAUUUACAAAAUUACUUUAGACAUCUCUCCUGGGUCGAUAAAAUUAAUCUCUCUUUGCAGAUUGCCGACGCAAUUAGAUGUUUGCAUGCUGAAGAAAUUGUGCAUCGUGAUCUGUCACAACAAAUCCAGCUCAAUAAAUUAUCUAGCACCAAUACUACUGUUUUGUUAGCAUCUGGUUUGAGAGCAUAUGCAAGAGUCAUUGAUAAUGAAAAUGAGGAAAUUAACAUUA